UUGACCAUGACUUACCCGCGACAGCGUCCUGUGAGCCGAGCUCCGGUCCAGUUUUUGUCAAGAUUAAAUUAGUCCGGCAGGUUUGCUGGGGUCACGGCAAUAAAGCUUUUUUCUUCUCAAAUCAAUAUGUGUUCAAAAGAGUGAUAUAUUUGAAGCACAAAACCGCUGUCUAUGGAGAGGUCAGACCUCGUAAUGGCUUGGCACUAUUUUCUUCCCUGUCAUAUCACUGCGCGCUGCCGCUACCUACAGCCAGCUGGGAGCCGCGCACGUGUCACUUUGUUUACAACUCGUAAAGAGAACGAUAACAUGUCUGACUACAGCAGCGACGAUGACAACAUUGACUUCGACACACAGCCAAAAGGAUAUCUUUACGAACCUGAAUACACAGAUGACGAGUUACGCCAGAUGGACUUAGAAAGGACAGAAAGAGAGAGGAUGGACAGAGAAGUUGAACAAGUUGAAGCUGGAGCCACAGCUGCUGCAGUGAGACAUCGAGUGGCCGACAAAUGGUGGUGUACUUGUUUUAAGUGUGAACUAAUGCAGACAGAAGUGGAGUCCUACUGCUGCCACGAAUUUGAUCUCAUCAUGCCACAGAUCCAAGACCUUUCUAUUGAUGAGGACGCCAGCGUAUCAGCUUCGGUCUGCAUCACAAAUCACAAGGACUUUCCUGCAAUCCUGAAUGCUGGUGUCUUGCAGACCUUUUUCCACAUUCCGAAAAUUAACUGGAAGAAGCGUCCCAGGCCAGCAGGACCCAACGGUCAGUUGUCCUCAGAACAAUACAGGCUGGUUGCCUAUCGCAUCGUGAUGGAAUGGGCCCUGAAAGGAGAGAAGCUCGGCCCAGGCAACAGGAAAGUUCUUCCCUCCUGUGUAGUGGAGCUAAUAAGAAAAACAUACCCAUCACCAAAUGGACAAUAUGCAGGGUUCAAAGAAUCAGAGGACGCACUGCAAUUGUUUUAG